UGAAAACCCACAUGGGUUUCCCCUGGACAGACUGCCGAAAACAGAGAGCUCCACUGAUGACCAUCAGAGACCAUGUCCCAGUAAAGUCUGGUGGAGUAAGAAGGAAAACAGGAGUGAAGACGCACCAUCCACAUGGGAGCAGGAAACCACACGGGAGUAUCACAGUUCCUCCUCCUGGGCCUCUCGGACGAUCCUGAGCUGCAGCCCCUCCUCUUUGGACUGUUCCUGUCCAUGUACCUGGUCACUGUGCUGGGGAAUCUGCUCAUCAUCCUGGCCGUCAGCUCGGACUCCCACCUCCACACCCCCAUGUACUUCUUCCUCGCCAACCUCUCCUUUGUUGACAUCUGUUUCGUCUCCACCACCGUCCCAAGCAUGCUGGUGAACAUCCAGACACAGAGCAAAGGCAUCUCCUACAUAGGGUGCCUCACUCAGGUGUAUUUUUUAAUGAUUUUUGCUGUAAUGGAUAGUUUUCUCCUGACUGUGAUGGCCUAUGACCGGUUUGUGGCCAUCUGCCAUCCCCUGCACUACACGGUCAUCAUAAACCCCCGCUUCUGUGGCCUCCUGGUUCUGAUGUGUUGGUUCAUCACUUUCUGGGUUCCCCUGCUUCAUAUUCUACUGCUGAGGCAGCUGACCUUCUGUACUGACACUGAAAUUCCACAUUUCUUCUGUGAACUGGCUCAGAUUCUCAAGGUGGCCUGCUCUGACACCCUCAUCAAUAACAUCUUCUUGUUUGUGGCCACUGCCCUGCUGGGUGUGUUUCCCCUCACUGGAAUCCUCUUCUCUUACUCUCGAAUUGUCUUCUCUUUAAUGAGAAUCUCCUCUGCAGCAGGAAAAUAUAAAGCAUUUUCCACCUGUGGGUCUCACCUCUCUGUGGUUUCCUUGUUCUACGGGACAGGCGUGUGGAUCUAUCUCACUUCUGCUGUGACCCAUUCUCCCCAGAGAAGCUCCAUUGCCUCAGUCAUGUACACCGUGCUCACCCCCAUGCUGAACCCCUUCAUCUACAGCCUGAGGAACAAGGAUGUGAAGGGGGCCCUGGGAAGCCUCCUCGGUUUAGGUACCACUUGUCUGUGAGGGGCCACUGGCCUCAGAACUAAGUGGACACUGUGGGCAGCAAAAACAAAUUUUGUGAAUUUAUAUCUCCUGAUUUUCUUUUCCCUUAAAAGACAUGCUUCAUUUCUUCCAUUCUCAAAGCACCUAUGACUUGGCUUUUAUUUGUGUUUGUAUUAGUUUCUCCUCAACACCCUCCUCAGUAAUUCCUUUUGACUUUCCCUUCCUAUCUGCAGCCCAUACAUUUCCAUCUUGGGCUGGGUUUCUUACAGCCAUUCUGGCGAUUUCCAACAUUAGAUUUGAAACACUUAUACCACAUAUGGCAUGGUUUCCCCCAAAUUAUCCUCUCAAAUGUUCAUGUUCUUCACGUUAAUUUGUCUGUGUGUUUGCUUUUCUCUGGAAGAAGUGGAAUGAAAAUCAUACAACAGUCAUAACCAAAGUGCUUCACAUACAAAGGCUGUUCUUGUUCUGUGUAUGUUUUAUGUUAUCUUGACAAAAUUGUCAAAAGGUGUUUUCUCUCAUUUAUCUCAUUUUUCAAACAGAUUGGGAA